GGGACUGAACCACUAGUAAUAAAUUAAAGCUACUCCUGAAUGAUUGUAUAGAUAUGGCGUAAAGGCUAAUAGGUAAGGAGAUGGAAGAAGCCCUGUUGGGGGUAAAUUUGAGGAGAGAAAGAUGGGAUGUGUUUGUGGAAGAGUUGAAGAAGGUAAGCUAUAUAGCAAUACCCAUGGUGGUGGUCAAUGUAUCACAGCACCUUUUGAGGGUUGUGUCUAUGAUGAUGAUUGGCCAUCUCAGUGAGCUUUCCCUUUCUGGUGCUGCUAUUGCUACCUCUCUCACCAAUGUUACUGGCUUCAGUCUACUUUUUGGAAUGUCUAGUGCUUUAGAGACUCUCUGUGGGCAAGCUUAUGGAGCUGAAGAAUACCGGAAGCUAGGAAUCUACACGAAUGGGGCCAUUAUUUCUCUCCUUUUGGUUUGCAUACCGAUAUCUGUCCUAUGGCUUUUUGUGGACAAAUUUCUUAUACGCAUAGGUCAAGACCCUCUUAUUUCCAUAGAAGCAGGCAAAUAUUCAAGUUGGCUCAUCGCUACUUUAUUUCCUUAUGCUAUCCUUCAAGCAUUGGUACGGUACUUGCAGGCUCAAAGCUUGAUUCUUCCAAUGCUUAUAAGCUCAAUUGUAGCUCUCUGCUUUCACGUGCCUCUCUGUUGGGCGCUUGUAUUCAAGCUAAACUUGGGAAGCUGUGGAGCUGCAAUAGCAAUUGGUUUAUCUUAUUGGUUCAAUGUGCUCUUGCUUUGUUUAUAUGUGAAAUACUCUUCCUCUUGUGAAAAGACUCGUCUUUGUUUCUCGAAAGAAGUUUUGCCUAGCACAAAGGAAUUCUUCCAUUUGGCUAUCCCUUCCUCUAGCAUGGUUUGUCUUGAAUGGUGGACAUCCGAGAUAGUGAUACUGCUUGCUGGUCUCUUGCCAAAACCUCCACUUGAGACUUCAGUGCUUUCAAUAUGCCUCUUAGUUUCUUCGCUUCAUUAUUUCAUACCAUUUUCCAUUGGUGCUGGUGCAAGCACUAGAAUUUCUAAUGAACUAGGUGCUGGGAAUCCUGAAGCAGCUAGAAUGUCUGUUUUGUCAGUAACUGUACUCGGAAUGGCAGAGGCCAUCGUUGCAAGUAUCGUUCUUCUUUGCUCCUGUCGCGUUCUGGGAUAUGCAUUCAGUAACGAGAAGGAAGUUGUGGAUUAUCUCAGAGACAUGACUCCACUUCUCUGUCUCUUGAUUGCGACAGACUGCAUCCAGGCUGUACUUUCUGGCGUUGCAAGAGGAAGCGGGUGGCAGCAUUUGGGAGCCUAUGUCAAUCUUGGUUCAUACUAUUUAAUUGCAAUCCCAUUAGCCAUAUUGUUGGGUUUCUUUCUCCAUUUAAAAGGGAAGGGACUCUGGAUUGGACUCAAUGCAGGGUCAUUAGUGCAAUCCCUUCUAUUUUCCCUUAUAACAUGUCUCACGAAUUGGCAAAAACAGGCAUCAAUUGCUAGGGAAAGAAUAUUUCAUUCAAGAACUACUAAAGAGUGAGAGCGUUUACUGGCCAAGUGAAAACACCAAACUUUCAGAUUCUUGCUCGAAUUCUGGAGGAAAAAAUUAUAUAAUGAGGGUUGAUGAAGAGGUCCAUUGGGAUUCACAAAAAAUAUAUCUAUAUGAGAAAGCGACUCAAAGAAUUAAUUGUUGUCUUUUUAUAUGAUUCAUCUCAUGAUGAGCUAAC